ACCCACGGAGAAGCGGAUGCAAUCGAAACACCUCAUCAGAUCGUUACCGGAGGUUCUCUGACUGAAUAGUGAGUUCCCUCUUCUUCACACUCCUCACUUUGAAACAGUCUAGAUAGUUCAAUCGGAUUCGAAUCGUGUCACAAAAAAAAAAAACAUUUCCUUUUUGUUUGUUUGUCCAAAUGUAUUCUCUGCUACUCCAUGGCAAAAGAUGUAUCGAGCUUCAUAAAUCUUCUACCUUUCGAGUCAUCUCAGUGAAGCUUCUUCAAAAUGCAUCAUCUCCUUUUCACAACCCCUUCUCCUCUGCUGCUGCUUCGUCGUCUACUGUUCAAUCAGAUUCGGUUCUGAAUCUCCUCACAAGCUACGGCUUCACAGCCACUCAGAUCUCCAGGAUCGUCACCGCUUACCCGCGACUCCUCACGCUCGACGCCGAGACAACCCUUCUCCCAAAGCUCCAAGCUUUGCAGUCCAGAGGAGCUUCAACCAAAGACCUCACAGAGAUUAUCUCGAAAGUCCCCAAAAUUUUAGGCAAGAGAGGUUCAAAAUCCGCCGCCUUGUACUUCGAUUUCAUCAAAGAGAUCAUACACAGCGACAGAGAAGAAGAAGAAGAAAGCGGUAAAACCUCCUCCUCCGAGUUACGUCCUUCUUCGUCUUCUUGUACAGUAGGUAAGCAAGGGAACAAGAUGAGAAACGUAUCGGUUCUGAGAGAGAUGGGAGUCCCUCAACGGUUCUUAUUCCCUCUACUCGUGUCCGAUAGCCAACCUGUCUGUGGGAAAGAGAAGUUCGAAAUGUCUGUCAAAAAGGUCGUCGAGAUGGGGUUCGAUCCCACCACGUAUAAGUUCGUGCAAGCGCUACACGUUUUCUACGAGAUGACCGAGAAAACGAUAGAGGAGAAAGUUAACGUGUACGAGAAGUUAGGUUUUACGGUGGAGGAAGUGUGGGAGAUGUUUCGAAAGUGCCCUUACUCGUUGAAGUUCUCCGAGAGGAAGAUCACUCAGACGUUCGAGACGCUGGAGAGGUGCGGUCUGAGGGAAGAGGAUGUGGUGUCGGUGAUGAAGAAGCGUCCCGAGUGCAUGCGUGCUUCGGAGGAGAAGAUUAAAAACUGUGUUGAGACUUUUUUAGGGAUUGGUUUCAGCGGGGAGGAGUUUGUGUCGAUGGUUAAGUGUUUCCCUACUUGCUUGGGGUUGUCCGCGGAGACGGUGAGGAGGAAGGUUGAGUUUCUGGUUGGGGAGAUGGAGGGGUGGUGGUCGUUGAAGGAUGUGGUUGGGAUACCUCCGGUGCUUGGGUAUAGUUUGGAGAAGAGGAUGGUUCCGAGGUGCGGUGUGGUAAGAGCUGUUGUGGAGAGAGGUGUGAUGAGGAUACCUCCGAUGUCGUCUGUUUUGGCGUGUAGUGAUAAGGUGUUUUUGAAUAGGUUUGUGUUGAAGCAUGGGAGGCUGGUGCCUGAGCUGAUGGCUAUCUUUGGUACGCACGGAAGCACUAAGAUGAAGAAAGUUAAAGGGUUGUGUGUUUCUGUGAGUUAGAUUCUUGAAUUUGUUUUGUUCUUUGGUCUAAUUAUAAUUUGUUAAACCAGAUUUAUGAAAUUGAUGUGGUGAAAAGCUUGUGAGAUUUUUGACUGGUGAAUGAAAGAAAGCAGAGCAAGUUCUUAA